AUGCUGCUUGUUGAUGAAUUUACUGCUCUUCUUAUUCUUCUUGCCCGCCUUUUUUUUUCCGUUUACCUUCCACUACUCUUGGCCCUACUUUGUAAUUUAUGCAGGGGGGAAUUGGGAAGGAAUUGUGGUGUAAGGAUGGGCAAGAAGGAAAAGAUUCCGCCACCCGGGACUAGCAAGGAUCUGACGACAAAUUUCUACACCAGAAGGAAGUGGCGGGCGCUGCUUCUCCAGGCCAGUCUAGAGUUGCAGGGGAAGAGCAUCGUCCCCCGCGGCGUCUUGAUCAUUGGCACAGCCCUCAUGAAGAACAGACACAUUGUGCACCUAGAUCUCUCGCACAACAAUAUUGGCGAUGAAGGGGCCGUGACGAUGGCGGAGGUUCUUCGGAAGAAUGAAACCAUUCAGUACUUGAAUCUGGCGCAGAACGGUAUCACGGACGUGGGCGGGAUAGCGCUGGCUAGUGCCUUCGUUCCCAAUGUAACUCCCAGCGGGCAGCCUGGCCAGUGGAACCGCACCUUGUUCAGUAUUGUGCUGAUGGGGAACGACAUGGGCGAUGACACGCUGUUGGCCAUGAGCAAAGCAGCGGCGUGCCACCGUGACCUCGUUUCUGUCGAUCUCAGUUGGAACAACGUGGGCCCGCUGGGGACAAAGUGUCUGCUGCGGUCUAUGCAACGCAACCCGCUAUGCGUGUACCACCUCAUGGCGAACAAGAUUGGUGACAUCGGCACCGCGUAUCUUUGCGAGGCCAUGCAGCGCUUUGCUGGGAAGGGCAUUGCGUCACUUAACCUCUUCCGCAAUGAUGUUCGCCACAAGGGGUGUGAGGCGGUGGGGCAGCUGCUGGAAAACAAUGAGUUCCUCCUCGACGUUAGUCUGCACAGCAACAUGCUUGGGCUGAAGGGGAUGCAGGUGCUUCGCCAGCAUUUUACCGCUGCACCUAAUUGUGUGCGUUCCCUCAACCUGGCGAACUGCAUGCUGGGCGAUGACGGCGCAUCCGAGGUUGCAGCACUCAUUGCAGCAAACCCACCGUCGCUGGAACGCCUCAACAUAGCGAACAACGGCCUCUCUGACGAAGGUGGGGUGAUAAUCGUCAGGGCGCUGUUAAGGAACACGUUCCUCAUUAUGGUGAGUUGCGCAGAUAACACGUUUGACACAAAAACGGUGGAUGCAACGGGAGAACUCAUUAACACCACAAAGACACUGAAACUGCUGGACUUCACCAAGUCAAUCGACUCGGUCGAGAUGCGGCGAACCCUCGCCUUUGCUGCCAGUGACGCCGAAAGCAUUCGUAUUGAGGUGGGAGAGGUUCAGGAGGAGUCCCUCGAGGACAUGCUGCAGCACAUCGCGGAGCAUAUGCAGAUGAUCCUGGACGCCGAGGCGGAAAAGGCCAAUAGCAAAAAGACCAAAAGGAAGUCAAAGAAGGAGUGA